UGCCUACCGGUCCACAUAGUGACUGCGGUCUAGCGAGGGCAGGGGAAUUAAUCUGGUGUCUGGAAAUGCACCACUAAAUGCAAAUUAACUGCAAGGCAAAUAGUAUUCAGACCUUUAUUUAUAGUUUCAUAGUUGGACUGUAUGCACAUCUGUUUUCUACGUCAACGGAAUUUAUCCCCCGGUGCGUCUGUUGGUGCACGAGGACUCUGCGCGGGCUCUUAGACUUGAAGGACGGAUCCAUCAAACUCGGAUUGUGAGUGUUCGCAUAGCGGUACACUGAAGGAAAACCUAAUCGGAUGUGGUAUUACAGAAUACUUGUGAAAUAUAUCCUACAUUAUAGAUAGCUCUCUGCCGUUCUGCAGCCUGGGAGGACCACACGAGUUUUUGGGGGUGGGAAAUUGUGUGUUUCGCAGCGGAGAGGUUUGUGGGACUAUUUAUAACCAAGGAUCGGCAGUCUGGAAUGUUUGAUUUUCUCCUUCAUUAUAUGUCAACCUUUUUCUCCUAUCAGAGUAGAUUUCCCCACCGCCGCGGGUCUUAAUGUUAUUUUCAAAUUGACCAUCUGCACCUUUUUUAUUCGGGACUGAAAAAAGCAGAUGAUAUGCAUAUGUUCUUUGGAUUAGACCCCGCUGUGGACAAUUUGGCUUUUGCGUGAAUGGGAUAUCUGUGUAUUAGGCAUAUUGUUCAACGACCUUUGUAUAAGGAGACGAGGCGUGUUAUUAGCAUUACCCUACACCGGCAUUGUGAUGGUGAGCUUUUAUGAUCGGAACUGACAGCGGAAUAGGAUCAUUUUGGAAACUGCUUGUGGGACACUUGGCCAGGUGAAAAAUGAAAGCUCCCAUCACACUCCAGAUUCUUCUCUAUGCUGCUGUGGUCCGAGGUUUCAAAACAGUGUCCAAGAGAGGCUCAGUGGACGACUGCACGGAUUGGUCAGUGGACUACUUGAAAUACAAAGUGCUUUUGGGGGAACCGGUGCGGAUUAAAUGUGCUUUAUUCUAUGGAUACAUCAGAGCGAACUACACCCACUCCCAGAGUGUGGGACUAAGCCUUAUGUGGUAUAAAAGUACAGGACACGGAGACUUUGAGGAGCCUAUCUCUUUCGACGGCAUCAGAAUGAACAAGGAGGAGGACGCUAUCUGGUUUAGACCCACCGAGCUCCAAGACGUUGGACACUAUUCCUGUGUAUUGAGGAAUUCCACAUAUUGUGUGAAAGUGUCCAUGUCACUGACAGUGGCGGAGAACGACACAGACCUCUGCUACAACUCCAAAAUGAGGUACUUCGAGAAGGCAGAGUUAAGCAAAAGUAAAGAUAUCACCUGUCCGGACAUUGAGGAUUAUGUACAGCCGGGGAAGGAGCCAGAGAUAGUAUGGUACAAGGAAUGCAAGCCAAAGCAGUGGAGACAAAGCAUUGUAAGGAGAAGAGAUACUCUCUCUAUCCGGGAGGUGCGUGAAGAUGACAUUGGAAAUUACACGUGUGAAUUACAGUUUGGCAGCUUCGUGGUGAGAAGAACUACAGAACUAUCUGUUACAGCCCCUCUGACAGACAAGCCUCCAAAGAUCCUGUUCCCCUCAGAAAGCAAACUCAGCAUCCUGGAGCUGCAGUUAGGAAGUCAAGUCAACCUGACGUGCCGAGCAUUCUUCGGCUUCGCCGGGGAGGUCAGUCCGCUCAUCUACUGGAUGAAGGGAGAGAAGUUCAUCGAAGACCUGGACGUGGAGAGGUUCAGAGAGAGUGACAUCAAUCUUAUCCGGGAGCACCUGGGAGAGCAGGAGGUGUCGAUCACCCUGACCAUUGACUCGGUGGAAGAGGCUGAUCUGGGGAACUACUCCUGCUUCGUGGAGAAUGGCAACGGCAGACGGCAGGCUAACAUCCAGCUCACAAAGAGAGCAGAGCUUAUGUACACAGUGGAGCUGGCGGGAGGCUUGGGGGCCAUCUUGUUGUUGUUGAUCUGCCUCGUGACCCUCUACAAGUGCUACAAGAUGGAGCUCAUGCUCUUCUACAGGAACCAUUUUGGCAGCGAGGACAUCGACGGAGAUAAUAAGGACUAUGAUGCCUAUCUGUCAUACACCAAAGUGGACCCGGACCAGUGGAGUCAGGAGACGCGUGAGGAGGAACGCUUCGCCCUGGAGAUCCUACCCGACGUCCUGGAGAGGCAUUAUGGGUAUAAACUGUUCAUUCCAGACAGGGACUUGAUCCCAACCGGAAGUUUCACCAAUGAUCAUUUCCAGGACGAUUCAAGACUCCUUAGAGCCUAUAUCGAGGAUGUGGCGCGCUGUGUGGACCAAUCCAAGCGCCUCAUCAUCGUCAUGACACCCAAUUAUGUGGUGCGGCGUGGUUGGAGCAUCUUCGAGCUGGAGACCCGCCUCCGGAACAUGCUGGUCACCGGGGAGAUCAAGGUGAUUCUGAUUGAGUGUGCCGAGCUGCAUGGCAUCAUGAACUACCAGGAAGUGGAAGCGCUCAAACACACCAUCAAGAUGCUGACCGUCAUCAAGUGGCGUGGCCCCAAGAGCAACAAGCUCAGCUCCAACUUCUGGAAACACUUGCAGUACGAGAUGCCCUUCAAACACAUGGAGCCCAUCAUCAGCAAUGAGCAGGUGCUGGACGUCAGCGAGCAGGGCCCUUUCGGCGAGCUCCAGACCGUCUCCGCCAUCUCCAUGGCAGCCGCCACCUCCACCGCCAUGGCCACGGCUCACCCGGACUUGCGGAGCACCUUCCACAACUCCACUGUCAACUACCACACCCAGAUGAGGCAGCAGAAACAUUACUACCGCAGCUACGAGUACGACAUGGCCCCCGGCGGCAGCCUGCCUCCCCUCUCCACCCUGGGUAACCAGCACACCUACUGCAACAUCCCUAUGACUCUGAUCAACGGACAGAGGCCCCACGGCCAGGCCAGGACACCCAGAGAACAGAGCAUCGAGGAGGCACACGCCAAUAACGCCAUGCUACCGCUGCUGCCACGCGAGACCAGUAUAUCCAGUGUCAUCUGGUGACAGCACCAGGCUGGCAUAGGGACAGAUGGGAUAUAUUGUAUGUAGAGGGAGAACUAGCUGGCAGAGUGUGUGGUGGUGGUGGUGUCGGUGGAGGGGGUGUUGCUACGGAGACCGUUAGUGGACUAGAGACAGCUGCUGUGGAAUUUGCACCAGGAUUCACAGGGGGAAAUCAUUCCGUCAGACUCAGACCACAUUUGUUUGACAAGGACUAAGGAGGAUUUGGCGUGAAAAGGAGAACCCGUUUGGUUUGAAAUGCCUGUACACACAGAGACCAACGCCGAUGUUCACUUACCCAGAAACUCAAGGAAUACAGGGUCUUGUACAUAUAUUUGAUAUUUCUUUUAUAGCGUCAGUAUUUUUCUGUUGUUUUUCUUUGACCUUUCAUUCACCAGUUUUUAUCAUCAAAUUUCUACGUCUGUUUUGAUUUAUGGUUUGAAUUUGUUUGUAUUUGGGUAUGAAAGUGAAACGAUGGUCUGUGAGGUCUGUUGGCUGAACUGUUGUAAUUUUGAUCUGGACUUGUAGUGCUACUGGUGGUUUGAACUGUUUGUUUUUGAACAGUUAUGGCAUUGUAGUGGGAACGUUUUGAUGUUUCAUUCGAAAGAAAAUUUCAUUUUUUGUUGUCCUGGUUACAUAGAUGGAAUCUUCUUUUAUUUGGGACUCUUAUUAAACAAAACUAGAUUAUGCAACAGAUGAAGAGGCCUGGGAGUAUGCAAGAUAUGAAUAGAUGAACCGACCCAUCAGGACACUAUAGAGACUGGUGCUAGACUUGGUGUGCAAGUGUUGCAGCUCUCGCAAACAUGCUCUUUUGAAAAGACAGCCUUUCUGUUCAGCUUAAAAGAGACAUAUAUCACCCUAAAAACAACUAUGUGUAUUAUUUUAUGAGAAAGUAUAUUUUUGUAACAAAAAUAUUUGCUUGGAAGUACAUACUUAUUCACAUUUCACUAAUGACAGAAAUGGAGUAACAUGCAUUUGUAACAUGCAUUCUGUUUUCUACAUUAUUUUGCUAUGCAGUUCCCUAAUUGCAUAGCAGACAAAGUGGAUGUUUGAGUCCUUCACUAAAUAUCUUAUCUUAGUGGAAAGAUGAAAAAAUAUAAAAUAAUUUGAGAUGUUUUCAUCAAGUCCUAAUAUCAUUGUUGGGUAGGGGGGUGUAUAUUUGUGUUUCGAAGACUUUUCCAUAACAGAGGAGUGUGCAUAGUAACUAGAUGUUUUCAUCAAGUCCUAAUAUCAUUGUUGGGUGGGGGGGUGUAUAUUUGUGUUUCGAAUACUUUUCCAUAACAGAGGAGUGUGCAUAGUAACUAGAUGUUUUCAUCAAG